CUGAGAAAGGAAGAGAAGAGUGGAGUUACAAAGCCCAAGUUACCAGAACUCAACCCAUCUGAUAGCAAUGCCAAAGCUUGGGGAAAAACUGGUGGAGUUUAUAUCCCUCCGUUCAAACUAGCACGCAUGAUGAAGGAGGUGGACGACAAGAGCAGCGUAGAGUAUCAGCGUCUUACGUGGGACGCUCUCCGUAAAAGUAUCAACGGGCUGGUGAAUAAGGUUAACGCAAGCAACAUCAAGAACAUUAUACCUGAGCUGUUUGCUGAGAAUCUCAUCAGAGGAAGGGGGCUUUUCUGCCGUUCGUGUAUGAAGUCUCAGAUGGCGUCUCCUGGGUUUACCGAUGUCUUUGCAGCUUUGGUCGCUGUUAUCAACGCCAAGUUCCCCGAAGUUGCUGAACUUGUUCUUGCCACUGAUCUUCCUUUUUUUACUUCAAUUGUUAAUACAGGAAUUUUUGAGAGGUUUCGUGGUAUACUGCACGAGGGAGAUAUUGAUAAGAGAGUCCAGUAUUUGAUUGAAGGGCUCUUUGCUAUUAGGAAAGCAAAAUUUCAGGGACAUCCAGCUGUUCGUCCUGAGCUAGAUCUUGUUGAAGAUAAAUAUUCGCAUGAUGUAUCUCUUAACGAUGAAAUAGUUCCUGAAACCUCUCUGGAUGUUUUCAAACCUGAUCCUGACUUCAUUGAGAACGAGAAGAAGUACGAGGCGCUGAAGAAGGAGUUACUUGGUGAGGAUGAGUCUGAGGAUGAAGAUGGCUCUGAUGCUAGCUCAGAGGAUUAUGAUGAGGAGGAAGAAGAUGAGUCUGGUGAAGAACAAAUGAGAAUAAGAGACGAGACAGAGACUAAUCUUGUUAAUCUUAGGAGGACAAUAUACCUUACCAUAAUGUCCAGCGUCGAUUUUGAGGAAGCUGGUCACAAGUUGCUUAAAAUUAAACUUGAACCAGGUCAAGAGAUGGAACUGUGCAUAAUGCUCCUGGAAUGUUGCUCUCAGGAGAGAACGUAUCUGCGGUACUACGGUUUGUUGGGUCAGCGUUUCUGUAUGAUCAACAAGAUUCACCAAGAGAAUUUCGAGAAGUGUUUCGUUCAGCAGUACUCUAUGAUCCACCGUCUUGAGACGAACAAGCUGCGUAACGUGGCUAAGUUUUUCGCUCAUUUACUGGGCACAGAUGCUCUCCCAUGGCAUGUGCUUGCCUACAUUCGUUUAACCGAGGAGGACACGACUUCAUCCUCUCGUAUCUUCAUUAAGAUCCUUUUCCAGGAAUUGUCAGAGCACUUGGGGAUAAGGCUGCUUAAUGAGAGGCUUCAGGAUCCAACAAUGCAGGAAUCACUUGAAUCCAUCUUCCCUAAAGACAAUCCAAAGAACACUCGGUUUGCUAUCAACUUCUUUACCUCCAUUGGUCUUGGAGGGAUCACAGAGAGUCUCAGAGAGUACCUGAAGAACAUGCCACGCCUCAUCAUGCAACAACAGAAGCAAGUUGCUAAAUCAGAAUCAGGAUCAGACAGUUCUGGUUCUGACUCAGAUUCAUCGUCAUCUUCUUCUAGUUCUGAUGAAAGCGAGAGAGAGACGAGGAAGCGAAGAAGAAGAAGAUCUUGAGGGAGAGGCUGUUUUGUUUAAAGUCAUUUCAACCAAAACUCUUCAGAUUUUGAAAUCUUGUUUUGGUUAAUUCAACUUGAAUUUACAUGAGACCUCAAUGAGCUAAUCAUCUAGGAUUCGGUUUCUUGCAUAAGUUGAUGGAUGCAUCAUAUGUAGCUUGCCGGUUCUCCGAGCUGGUUAUAUGAUUUUUGUUUUGGAUUUCAAAAGAAAUGUUAACAAACAACUCAAGUGUAAUUCUUGCCUCAGUUCCUGUUUAAACUGGUCUGCCUUCUGCUCAUUUGCUUGUAAACCUAUGAGAACGCUUUGAUGACUGAUCAAGUCAUCUGGAUCUGUUAUUGGAUAAG